AUGGCUACCAUGCAGGAGAUGCCCGAUGAGUCGGCUUUCCAGUCGACCGUGUCCGCGCUUCCACCAUCCACCCUCGCUAUCAUCUACUUCCAUGCGCCAUGGGCCAAGCCAUGCGAGCAGAUGGGCGUCAUCCUGAAGACGCUGGCCAGCACAUACCCCGCCGAUGCGCCGAUAAAGUUCCUCUCGCUCAACGCCGAAGAGCUGCCCGAGGUCUCUGAACAAUACGAUGUCACAGCGGUCCCAUACAUUGUUCUACAGAAAGACGGCAAGACCCUGGAGACAGUGUCAGGCUCAGAUGCAUUCAAAGUACGAGCCGCAGUCGAGAAAUACGCCGGCGCGGGCAGCGGCCAAUCCUCGAGUCUACCACCCGCGCAAACCGUCACACGACCACAGGAGAACGGGGAUAGCACAGGCAAGAACCUCGCUGGGUACGCGCCUGGCUCCCAGGACCCCAGGACGGCACCCGACUACAGCGCGGGCGAGCACCGAGAAGGCGAACAACAGACAAACAAGGAUGAACUACACAGGAGGCUAGGCGAAUUGGUCAAGGCAGCGCCAGUUAUGCUGUUCAUGAAGGGCACACCAAGUUCGCCGCAGUGUGGCUUCAGUCGGCAGACAGUGGCGAUCCUGCGUGAGAAGGGCAUAAGGUACGGCUUCUUCAACAUCUUGGCCGACGACGAGGUUCGCCAAGGACUGAAGGAGUUCGCCGACUGGCCAACUUUCCCACAACUGUGGGCGGAUGGUGAGCUAGUAGGCGGUCUUGAUAUCGUCAAGGAAGAGUUCGAGAAUGAUCCCGAUUUCCUCUCCCAGCACGCCGCAGGUGCCCCCAAGACGGCAGCUUAG